AUGAGUCAGCGGACAGAGCGGCGAGGCAUACACGUGGACCAGUCAGACCUGCUGUGCAAAAAAGGAUGCGGUUACUAUGGAAACGCACCGUGGCAGGGCCUGUGCUCCAAGUGCUGGAGGGAGGAGUACCAGCGGGUGCGACAGAAGCAGAUCCAGGAGGACUGGGCUUUGGCUGAAAAGUUGCAGAGAGAAGAAGAGGCAGCAUACGCCAGCAGCCAAGUCGUGUCCGCCCCUCAACCAGGACAUGCGACCCUGGCUCCUUUUUCCAAGUUUGAGGAAAAGAAGACUAACGAGAAGACCCGGAAAGUGACCACUGUAAAGAAGUUCUUCAGCCCGUCAUCGCGCACCACCUCUAAGAAAGAAGUCCCCGAGGCCAAGUCGACCAGUCCGUCCACCAGCCGCCACGCCAGCAUUGACGCAGAUCAAGUGACCAAGGACUUUGUGGAGUUCUUGAAGAACCUGCAGAGACCCGGCAGAGAAAUCCAUAAGCAGUGCAGAAUCUUCCUGAUGAACAUGUCCAGCAAAAAGGACCUUGGCCCUGAUGAAAUGUCGGAGUGCGUUCAGGAUUUCUACCAGAACUUGACCGAUCGCUUGAUGAGCGUUUUCAAAGGCUCUUCUGAGUCCGUGGAGCAGGUGAUGGACCAAGUGGAAAAGUACAUCAUGUCUCGUCUGUAUAAGAGCGUCUUUUGUCCAGAAAUCACAGAUGAUGAGAAGAACGACUUGGCCAUACAGGAGAGAAUAAGGGCUUUGCACUGGGUUACCAUUCAGAUGCUGUGUGUGUCCAUGGAUGAGGAGAUCCUAGAAGUCUCUGAGAAUGUGGUUAAAGCAAUAACAGAUAUCAUUGAAAUGGAUUCAAAGAAAGUUCCCCAGGAAAAACUGGCGUGCGUCACACGCUGCAGCAAACACAUCUUCAGCGCCAUCAGAAUCACCAAGAACGAGCCGGCCUCCGCGGACGACUUUCUCCCAGCGCUCAUUUACAUCGUCCUCAAAGCCAACCCUCCCCGACUGCAGUCCAACAUCCAAUACAUCACCCGCUUCUGCAUCCCCAGCAGGCUAAUGAGCGGAGAGGAUGGAUACUACUUCACCAACCUGUGCUGCGCAGUGGCCUUCAUCGAAAAGUUAGACGCUCAAUCUCUCAACCUCUCCCAGGAUGAAUUUGAGCGCCACAUGUCAGGACAAGCUUCCCCGCGAUACAGCAGCUCCGAAGGCGAGCGGCCCCACUCAGGGGUGACCAACCCGGUUCUGGCCCGACUGAACCACAAUCUGGAGCUGCUGUCAGGCCUCUGCAGUCGACAGGAAGCCCUAAUGAAGUCUGCCCAGAGCCUCCAGGCGGAUCUGCUCUCCUGGUCGGAGGAUGUGCAGCGGGAGGUACAUGACAUCCUGCAGAAAUAUCCACUGGACAUCCCCUCCACCAUUUCCGCCAUUGAUGCCAACAACAUGGACGACAACCUGCCGUCACCACUCAAACCCCAGGUGUUCGCUGGCUAGACAAGCUGACAGAGGGAGGAAAAACAUUUCAAUUUUCACCGUCUGGGUGCACCCGCUUUAACAGGUGACUUCAUCUGAGCGAGCAUUCUGAGCUUCAUAUGAACAUGCAGAAUGAUGUAAAUAAUUUUUGGGGGUUUUGUCCUGCUAUGUGUUUGCACCUUAAAGGCUCCAAAAGCAACGUUUCACUGUGAAGUGAAGUCACUUUACCACAAACAAAACACUCAAAAAUAAAAGAUUUCAGUUCAGAGAUGGACAAAUAAGUGGUACAAAUUCUAACUUUUGUUUUGAAAGUAAAAAUUAAGCUAUGUCGCGUUCUUGGAGCUCUAAAGAAUUCAACUCCAAAGUUUCAAACUCUAGUUUCAACAGCAUAACUUUUUUUCAUUUUUCAGUUGCACAUGCUUGUUGAUUUUAAAAAAAACAAAACCUGAGAAGCAUCCAGGUUUAUUUUUUAUUUUGAUUGGUGCAAUGGAUUGAUGAGGAAGUUACUAUUUCAAAAAAUAAAAAUAAAAACUACCAGAAAUGUCUUAACUUUAGCAAAGAAAAUAUGUUACCAAAAAAGUCUGUGCUUCAAGGUGUUGAAACCCUUUCAGAUUGUUGUCAUGAUGGAACCAUCUGUUAUGAAUUUGUUUUUAUUUAUGCUAAAAUGUCUCAUUAACCAGUAGCUCAAACUAGCAUAGACACCCAGCCAUCGUUCUCUAACAAAAUCGAUGUUUUAAUGACUAAAACAUCAGAGGUUGGAGUUAAAUUCGAAAGCAGGGUUUAUUCAAACUGGAUCAAACUAAGUUGAACAUUAAAUACUUGACAUUUGCUGAUUCUGAUCAGUUAAAUUAAUUAGCGAACAGAAAUCUCAAGGUCUGAGAUUUGUUGUAAACCAAGCAUUCAUAGGAAAGUUUACCAAAUGUCUUGAUUUUGACCAUUGCUGCGUCUCAAAUUCAUCUGAGAAAUAAAUAAAUAAAUACAUUUUUUUUCUGAUAGGUUAGUGAACAUUAUUAUUUGAUGAUGAACAGCUAAACAUUAACUGUAAUAUUUAAAAUCACUUUAAUUUGCUUUUUGUGUUUUCAAGUGCGAACAAAUACUAAAGAUGAAUGCACAUUUAUCCAUUUGCUAAAUAUUUGCUAAUUUUGUUUAGUAUUUUGUUUUUAUUUGUUAAGCUUAUGGCACUUUAACAGUAAUAAGAAGUCAAUUUAAAACCAUGUCUAUUUAAAAAGUGAGAGCUUUUGGGUAAAAAUUAAUCUAAACAUUUGCUCCUUAACUUUUUCCAAAAUAAAACCCAUUUUUAGCUACUGAGAUUUGCCAACUGCAGCGACGGGAUCCCCUUUAUUUUUUUUAUUUUGUGAGAAGCCAUUUAAGUUCACUCCAGUAUGUUUUUAGUCUUUACUGUUUUAGAAAGAAUCUGUCCAAAUUGUGUGUUCAUGUUGUGAUGAAAGCAUUAACAGGUACUUUUUUUUAGCUUGUUAAACAAUCUGCAUUAAUAUUUAUGGGCAUCUGUUUUUCUUUGUGGGUUUUUUUUGUAUUUCGGUACCUUUAUUUUUUAAGGAAUUGAGAAGAAGUCCAGCGGUAAAAUAUUACCUUUUUCAUUCAAUUUCAUUCAUUCCAUCUUAGCAAGAUUUUAGCAUUUGAAGUUAGACAGAACAAAACAAAUACAAACUUCUGCUUUUAUUGUCACAACAAUUUAAGUUUGACUAAAAUUAUUUGUAUUUAUUUUAUUGUUUUCUGUGCUUUACUGAUUUCUAGGAGAUUUCCCUUUUGAAUCUAUUGAACGUUUCCUGCCAAAUUUGUUAGUCUGUUAACAUCUGAUGUCUUAAAACCAGUUAUAUGGACUCUUGUCGUUUUUUUUAAACAUUUCCGGUUUGCCGAUUGUGAUUUGCCUUGGGUUAUGUUUUAUGCUUAUUUUAGUCAAUCAAAUGACCUAAAUGUAAUGUAAAAAAAACAAAAAACAAAGAUCAAAUAACAAAUCUGUAAAAAAAAAAAAAAAAAAUGGCGUUCAUGCUGUCAGAUCAGUGGAUUUUGGAAGAUGUUUGGAACAAAAGAUACCUCGAAUGUUUCAGUGGAAGUGAAUUAAAGAAAAGAUUGUUGGAAACAUG